AUGGUGAAUACAACUGGGCUCGCUGUUGGGUUGGCGGUUGGUGUGCCCUGCCUCAUGGCUAUUGUGGUAUGCGUGGCACUAUCUAUUCGGGCUUCUCGUAAGUUCAAGAAGGAAGUGAAGGACGAAAUUGACGUUGAUCAUGACGAUGUGUCUUUUUAUGGUGCGCCAACAGACUCCCCAGAAAAUAGCCAAGCCAAGGAACUAGGCAAUCCAGUUGAUUCGAAAACGAGGCUAGAUGAGAAUCAGUACAGAAGACCAGACUUUUUGCCCUCUUCUCGUACAAAUUCAGAAUUCUCCGGGUUAGAGCAAGAUCAUUCAAGAGUCAGAUCAGGAAAUAAUUACCUAGAUUACUACGAUACGGUGGUACCAAUGUUGCCUCCAAACGUCAACCCAGAGUCCGUCAGUGUAAAAAGCAGUGAGAAGACGGAAUCUGGACUAAGCUUCUUGAAGCACGGAAGGCUUCACUCACAUUCCAACGAGAAACUAACCGGACCAAAUGGAGUAUCCCCGUCAACUGGUAUAGCUGCCAAUGGAAAUGAGAAUGGUAGCACCAACAGCAAUUCAGUGUCGUCUGUAGCUGUGGAUUAUGUCAGACGUUUGCAUAGGAAUGAUUCGUCUGGCUUUCCAUCGACUGCUCAGCGAGUUGCCAGUUUGACGCCAGAAGCCAUUAACCAGAACAACCACCGAUAUACUAGAGGCAAUUUUCCACAAUCACCCAAGGUACAGACUGAAACGGAGCCCAAAGUAGAAAUAGGGAAACCUUUGGAUAUUGAACCUGACAAGUCAACUGUUAAUCAUACAAAUAGACAGAGUAAACCUCUUAGUGAUUACUCUGCCAGGAACAAAUCCGAUGAAUCUCUCAAAAGACCGGUUUCGCCCAAUAAGACGGAGUUGAAGACGAAAGCAUUUUAUUCCAAAAACAACUACACACAAUCUGAAUCCAGUGAUAUUGUAAGUUAUAAGACAGCAUUAAGUGAAUAUCAGCGGGACUCGGUAGUGUCUGUGAUAGAACCUGAGCAUGAUUUGUCCGAGAAUAUCACAGCCUUCUCUAGUCAUAGCACCCUCAACCAAGCGGAUGACACAUCUGUUGUCACAAAUACAACCAAUAAGAGUUCAGCUCAACAGCAGAAAAACAGCAUAGCUUUUGGAGAACCUUCCCCUUUUGACACUCCUCCUAAGAAACACCAAACCUUCAAUAAUACUCCGUCUCCUCGACAAUCACAAUUUAUGGGCCAUUUUGACGAUGAAGAACCAUUGUCACCACAAGAGGCCAUUGACGACGGAUAUACCAAUUAUGAAAAGAAUAAGAACAAGUUUCUUGAAAGGUACAGGCAAAGUUAA